AUGAUAGCAAACGAUGUGAAGGUUGAAUUUAAAGACAUAUCCCGCUCACCACUCGUUUCAUGUUUUCAGCAAAACCGCGAAUAUCUUGAUGAGGAUAUACAUUCUGGAGAAUUUACUCAAGAAGUUAUAGAAAGAGAUGCAUCUCUUCAAACUGCUACUUCAAUGAAGAUAUCUCAGAAAUUAACUGACGAGAAUAAGACGAUAACAUACACGGAUAUGGGUGAAAUAAUUAAUGAACAGUCUGCAAAACAUUUGUCAGAUGUAGUAGUUAAAAUGGAUCAUAGUGUUGAUGAAGAAGAUCUUGGACAUACUCUAGAUAUGGGAAGUUCUUUUGAGAAAAUGGAUGAGAGUGAGGAUGUUUCUUUUGACUGCGAAAAUGGAGAAAAGAAUAUUAUAUCAAAGAAUCAAUCAGAGAGUCCUCAGGCUGAACCCAUUAAACCAAAAGAUUCCCAACAAAACUCUCCUGAAAAAAUAAACAAGUUAGAAACAAUCAUCGAAGAACAAAUCAAAGAGAGUUCAGAUGAAUAUGGCGACACAUUAGAAACACUGGAACCAUUAAUUGAAGAAGAUGAUGAUGGGAUGAUGCAAAACAUAUCAAAGCAAUUAUUAGAUUCACAGGAAGUGAAGAAUGUACAAGUCUGUAUAUUAAAAGAUGUCGACAAUGAACCACUCAACACGACCAAAGAAGAAUCAAAUCCAGUUGUUUAUUGUAAAGCUAUAACAAAGGAUGUAACACGAGACCUCCAAACAGAACAGGAAAUAGCUGAAUUAAAUGACAUUUUGAAUGAAAGAGCAUCUAUCCAACUUUAUAAUACCCAAAAGAGAGAAGACGAACAAGACAUUAACAUUCAAAUGAAAUCAAUUGAAGAGAUCACCAAGGAAGAAGAACAGAUGAAUGUUGAAGACUUGGAGAACACAGAUACUUCUCGUGAUACAAUAAAGACCUUUAAAGAGAAUGACAAAAUUGGGAAUAAUGAAGACCCCAAAGAUUUGUUCGAACAAUUUGAAACACUUUCACAAGACCUUCAAAGUCUUUAUUUGACACUCUUUGGGCGAGUUGGGUUAAUGAAAAACACUUUACUAGUUGGGAAUGUCAAUGUCCCAACUCCUUUUGAAUUUUUGAGAAUUGUGGAGAAAGGAAAGAAGAAGGAAAACAUGGUCAACUUUAUCAAUAAAAUGAAGGACUUGGAGGAGUUGGUCAGUUAUUUAAAAAUGGUUUGUAAAAUGGUUAAUCUCGAUUGGGAGGUGGGAAGAAAAAAAUUCGACUUGUCAUCGUUUGAAAAUGGAAAGAAGUCGGUUUUGGAGUAUCUAAUCAAGAAUAAUUUAUAG